AUGCGCGAUGACUCCCGCAUAUUCAUUUACGAGUACGACUCCGCCGCAGCUUUUGGAAAAGAUAGAAGUACAUUUGUGGAUAAGGCAAAGAUGCUGCUGGAAGAGCUGGCAAUCCAGCGCAAGGAGGCGGAUACGCGACCGCUCAUCCUCCUAGGCCAUAGUCUAGGGGGCCUUUUGAUUAAGCAAGCCCUUUUCCUCGCGUAUUGCAGGCGCUCGGUUAGGGCGGAUGGCACUCCCGGAAAGGAGGAGGGCUGGAAGUCAAUUCUCACCUCCCUUUCCGGCCUCGUAUUCUUCGCGACUCCUCACAGUGGCGGAAGAAGAUCUCUAGUGAGUCUUGGCCGCAUAACGUCGAAACUCGCAACUAUCCUCGGAAUCAAGAAGGGGGACGAUCUUUUCGACGUCCUAGACGAAGACGGCAUAUUUUCUAGCAUUAUGCAAGAAGUGUGGCAGCCAUACAUGGUAGAGUGCAAGAUCCUGUCAUUUUGGGGAACUUUUGAUCAGGUCGUCUCCAGAAAUAGCGCCCAACUUGGUCUCCCAAGUUAUCACGAGAAAGUGGUCUUUCUCCGAGCAGAUCAUAGAAGAGUGUGCAAGUUCGGCUCGAGUACUGACGACAGAAAUAACUUCAACCUCGUCCGGAGUAAUAUCGAAGAGCUGUACGAAAGGGCAUGUAUUCGUGCUACACUGGAGGAGCAGAGCCGGAGAGAAUCGUUGCAGCCAAGAGACAACAUCUUCAAGGAAUCUUUCCACCGCGAUCUGCACCUCGGCAAAGCAAACUUCUUCCAAAUCUCCGUGGGGCGAGAGGCCUGCCUCAAAGAGAUGCACGAAGUUUUACGCAGCGGCCGAGGAAUCCAGACGAGCCGGAAAACUCUAACUUUACAUGGAAUGGGAGGAGUAGGGAAGACUCACGUGGCCAUCCAAUACGCUCGAGAGCACCAAAACUCCUUCACCUCAGUGUUUUUCUUAGAUGGCUCGAGCGAAGACUCGUUGGUCCAGAGCUUCGCUAAUGUCCAUCGGUGUAUCGGCGAACGCCGCUUAGUUGAGAACCCAUUAAGCCCUCAUGUCAGCCACGCGGAGUUGAACCCUCGCGAUCUCGCCUUAGAGGCCCUAGAAUGGUUCAGCCUUGCCGGUAAUACUGAAUGGCUUCUGAUCUACGAUAAUGUUGACCUCGGUCCGGAAGAUCCGGGCGGCUAUCGUCUUGUGGAUUAUGUACCAUCUAAGGACACGGGAUCAAUCAUUGUUACCUCGAGAUUAUCAACGCCACCGAUUGCUGGGCACACACUCAGGCUCACGUUGCUGGCGCCUGCGGAGUCAUCCCAACUACUUUUCAAGACAAUGUCAAGGCCUCCGAAUAAUCCUGACACUCAGGAAGGUGGUAAAGAAACAGAAAAACUCCUCCGCGAGCUCGACGGACUGCCUCUCGCCAUCACACAAACUGGUAACCUUUUGAAGAAUUUGAAUAUGGACAUCUCAAAAUACAACGCCCUUUAUGAGGAGUCUAAGCAGACAAUGAUAGACUUGCUCAAGCCGAAGAUCUUACUCCCGUGCGAGGAAGACACCAAGUCUAGCGUGGGAACAACUUGGCUUACCUCUCUCCGUAUUCUGAGAAGUAGGGGCGCCUCCAACUAUCACAACCAAGGGGGGCAAUACCAACUGGCGGACAAAUUGCUGCACCUGCUGGUCUAUUUUGACCCCUACGAUAUUCGGUACGAGUUCAUUGAAAAGGCUCAACUUUCCGACCACGUUCCCGCGUGGUUCCAUCGCAUCAUUCGCUCAGAGGCCGAAUUCCUCACGAUUAUGCAGAUUCUGAUGCACUUAUCGCUAAUCUAG